GGAUACCCCCGGGGGGUGGGCUUGGAGACGCCGGGAGAGCACGCACGGCGGGGCGAGGACACACUUCAGACGAAGGCUUGGAGGCUCUUCGGGUUCCGCGGAGGGCAGGGGAGGAGAGGGGUCAGGCAAGGGCGGGUGCGCCGCGGAUGCGCGCAGGUCCCCGUUCCGCCCCGCUCGGCGCUCGGCCUCAGAUUGCUCAGGCCUGGCCACCAGACCGGAGGUCGACGGCGGAACGCGUCGCUCCGCGUCCCUGGCCGCGCUGGUCUCGCGCUAACUCUCGCGGCGCUCGUCCCGGGCUCGCGGCGGAUCCCGCGUUCGACCCGGCUCCACGGCGGCCUGGCCAAUGGCACCUCAGAGGAGGGGCGCUCCCAAGGCGCCCGAGGGCAACCGGGCAGCGGAGCGCCGGCGCCCGAGCAGCACCAAGAGUGUCCGGGCGCCUCGGGAUGUGUGGAAGAAGUGGCUGAGGGUUGCCGUCCUGGGGGCCUGCACCACGCUCGUCGCGCUCCUGCUCUGGGGCAGUCUGGGGGGUGAUGACAGCAUCACUGAGGUCCUAGCUCAUCGAAGUGAGGUCCUGCCAGGCAGGUUCAUCGAGGUGCCCUGCUCCGAGGACUAUGACAGUCACCGAAGGUUUGAAGGCUGCUCCCCGAGGAAGUGUGGCCGGGGCGUCAGCGAUGCCAUCAUCACCAGGGACGAAGCCCGGAGGAUUCGCAGCAUAGCCGAGAAGGGGCUGUCCCUGGGAGGAUCGGACGGAGGGGCGUCUAUCCUGGACCUGCACUCGGGGGCCUUGUCUGUCGGGAAGCACUUUGUGAACCUGUACAGAUACUUUGGGGAUAAAAUACAAACUAUCUUCUCAGAAGAGGACUUCCAGUUGUACCGGGACCUGCGGCAGAAGGUCCAGCUGGCAAUCGCCCAGGCAUUUGGCAUCAGCGCGUCCUUGCUGCACCUGACGAAGCCCACCUUCUUCUCCCGCAUCAACAGCACGGCGGCCCGCACGGCUCAUGACGAGUACUGGCACGCGCACGUGGACAAGGUGACCUACGGCUCCUUCGACUACACAUCGCUGCUGUACCUCUCCGACUACCUGGAUGACUUCGGUGGCGGGCGGUUUGUGUUCAUGGAGGUGGGGGCCAACAAGACGGUGGAGCCGAGAGCAGGUCGGGUGUCCUUCUUCACCUCGGGGUCCGAGAACCUGCACCGGGUGGAGAAGGUUCACUGGGGCACCCGCUACGCCAUCACCAUCGCCUUCACCUGCGACCCCGACCAUGGCAUUGCGGACCCAACGUUCACAUAGCCCUGGGAGGCCUGUCCAGCAGCCCUGCAGGGAAGCAGCCACGCUGGACACACACCCCUUCCCUCUUGCUCAGCCCAUUUCCACUGAACAAGGUGCCUUACGAAUCAUCCUGAAUUUUGAUUUGCUAACAUUUGAUCAUUUUUCAACUGUGAGUAAAUGGGGGGAACCAGUUUCCGCUCACAAGCA